GAUGUCUAUGCUUUUGGGGUUGUCCUUCUAGAACUCCUAACCGGAAGAAAGCCCAUGGAGAACAUGACCUCAAACCAAUAUCAAUCCCUUGUAUCAUGGGCCAUGCCUCAGCUAACUGACAGAUCGAAGCUUCCAAGUAUUCUUGAUCCUGUUAUCAGAGACACAAUGGAUUUGAAGCACUUGUAUCAGGUUGCUGCAGUUGCUGUACUCUGCGUGCAAGCAGAACCAAGUUAUAGGCCACUCAUAACAGACGUGCUGCACUCUCUCAUCCCUUUGGUACCCGUUGAGCUUGGAGGGUCAUUAAGAGUUACAGAACCCAUCAGCUCAGAGAACUCUCAUUGAUAUUAUAUAAUCGUUUUUUCAUUUUUCAACUAUGGUACCUGUUCACUUCUUAAACUUUAUAAUUAUAAUCAUUGUUAUUAAUAUUACAAAGAGACAAAGAGGAAUAUCCAAGUGUAAUUAUUUAUGAUUGCAAUUUGAUUCUUCUUUCACUCGUACUAUAUGAAACUCGAAUGUCUAUUAAACUGUGUUCUUAUAUGACACAUAUUGGACACUUACACGCGUAUGACAUAUCACAAUGAUAUUACCAUCUUUACAAGUUCUGAAAACAUUCUAAAAGAUUAAUUUGGUAGCUGUAUAACCGAAAGACGCAUUUGGACUUACAAAUCAUUAAUCUUAAGAAAGAAAACAUACACACCA